AUGCAGUUUUCCGCCGACUUGGUGGCCUCGUUGGGCCCGCUUCUCCAAGGCCUAAUGUCUCCAGAUAACCAGAUCCGGUCCAAAGCAGAAAAAACCCUCGACCAAGAGUGGAGAUCGCCCGAGAAAAUCGGCGUGUUUUUGGCCUACCUCGCCAGCACCGCGGCCGGUGGCGCCGAUGAUAGCGUCAAGGCCUUUUCCGCGGUGUUGUUCCGUCGCCAGGCCAUCCGUAGUCCCAAAGAGUUCAACAGCAUCAGUGAACGUACCAUUGGCGUGUUGGAGGAGCCCGUCAGACACGAGAUCCGCACCAUUUUGCUCCAGGGGUUUGUGUCGGACCAGAGCCCGCAGGUGCGCCGUAAGAUCGCCGAUGCUGUCUCCGAGGUGGCUAAAGAAGAUGCCUCUCCAAAGGGAACCUGGCCCGAGCUUGUGCCUGCGAUCUUGCAGGCUGCCGUCAAUCCCAACGCCAGUUUCCGCGAGAGUGCGUUCCGUAUUCUCUCGACGCUGCCGGAGCUCAUAGAGAGCCUGUUUGUGGCCGAGAUCUUGCCUGUGUUCAACAACGGCUUCAGCGACGACGACGACGAGGUGCGGAUCGCGGCCUGCACGGCGUUUGUAGCUUUUUUUAGAGAACUUCCUAAGAGCAUCUGGCAGUCGUUGACCCCGAUCUUGCCCAACUUGUUGAACUCUCUCCCUAGAUUCCUUCUGAACGGGCAGGACGAGGCCUUGGCCAAUGUGUUGCAGUCCUUGAUCGACCUCGUAGAAUUGGCUCCCAAAAUGUUCAAGGACAUGUUCCCCACGAUCAUCGAUUUCUGCUCCACCGUCGCCAAGAACAGAGACUUGGCCUCCACCACCAGAUUGGCUGCGUUGGAGUUGUUGACCACCUUCUCCGAGGUUUCUCCUACCAUGUGCAAGCAGACUCCAUCUUACACCUCCACUAUGGUUCUCAUCACGUUGUCCAUGCUCACCGAAGUCAGCGAGGACGAUGACGAUGCGGCUGAGUGGAACAACGACACAAACGACGAGGACUAUGAGCUGGAACCCGAGUACGACUCGGCCAGACACUCCUUGGAUAGAGUCUCCUUGAAGUUGGGAGGUCAGUACUUGGCGGCGCCAUUGUUCCAGUACUUGCCUGCUUUGAUCCAGCUGCCCAACUGGCGUGAGACUUUCGCCGCGCUCAUGGCGUUAUCCUCGGCUGCUGAGGGCUGCGCCGAUGUUUUGGUGACCGAAAUCCCAAAGUUGCUCGAUAUGGUGAUGCCUACCUUGGAACACCCACAUCCAAGAGUCCAGUACGCUUGCUGUAAUGUCUUGGGCCAAAUCUCCACUGAUUUUGCGGACGACAUCCAGAGAACCGCCGGUGACCGUAUUGUUCCUGCUCUUGUGUCUAAGUUGACUAACAAAUCUGUUCCUAGAGUCCAGGCCCAUGGUGCUGCAGCCUUGGUCAAUUUCUGUGAAGCUGCAACCAAGGAAGUGUUGGAGCCAUACUUGGACGACUUGUUGAACAACCUUGUUGGAUUAUUGCUGUCCCCUAAGCGUUACGUGCAAGAACAAGCUUUGACCACUAUUGCAACCAUUGCCGAUGCCGCCGAGAAGAAGUUCAUCAAAUACCACAACACCUUGCUUCCAAUGCUCAUGGACUUUUUGCGCACCGACUUGGGCCCUGAGAACCAAAUGCUUACUGCAAAGUGUGUAGAGUGUGCUACUUUGAUUGCUUCGGCUGUUGGUAGAGACAACUUGGGUCCUCAUUGUCAAGAGCUCAUUAACAUUAUGGGUAGACUCCAAGAGACCGCUGACGACGACGGCCCUGUGAAGCCAUACCUAGAACUGGGCUGGAGCAGAAUCUGUAGAAUCAUUGGCAAAGAUUUUGUCCCCUACUUGCCGAUUGUGCUUCCCCCAUUGUUGACCGCAGCCAAGGCGGCUCAAGAUAUUUCUUUACUUGAAGAAGACGAGGCCCAAGACUUUGCCAACAACGAAGAAUGGGAUAUCAUCAGUUUAUCUGGUAAGUUGAUUGCCGUGCACACCGCUUCUCUCGACGAGAAGUCUUCGGCAUUGGACUUGCUUCGAAUCUAUGCUACUCAACUCGGAGGUGCCUUCCAGCCUUACGUUCAAGAAAUUCUUCAGGACAUUGCCCUUCCUGCUCUUGACUUCUACUUGCAUGAUGGCGUGAGAGGUUCUGCAGCCUUGUCGUUGGGCGCUUUGUUGAAAUGUACCAUUGCAGUCAGCUCAUGGAACUCUCCAGACGCUUUGGCUGUGUGGAACCUCAUUUGUCUGAGAUUAACCGAGGCUGUCACACAGGACCCUGUUCCAGAGCUCAUUGUAGCGUACUACACUACCAUUGUCGAGUGCACGAAUCUUUUAGCUCCUGGUUCGCUUACCAAAGACCAAAUGCACCAGUUGGCGGUCGCUAUUGAGGACAACUUGAGCGGAAUCUAUUCCCGUAUCAAGAAGAGAGAACAUGACGAUGACGAGUACAGAGAGGAGAUUGACGAGUCGGAAGACGAGUACACCGAUGAAGAGCUCCUUGAUGAAAUCAACAAGGCAAUCACUGCGAUCUUCACCAACGCCAAGGCCACUUUCAUUGAAGAAUACAACUCAAGCUUGGCCGAGCUCGUUUCCACAUUUAUCUCAGACGAUAUCGCCGAUAUCAAGCUCUGUGGACUCUCCAUCAUCUGUGAUGUCAUGGAACACUGCGGUUCUGCUCUGGACCAGGGCAACUUCCUCACAUACAUCAUUUCCAACUGUUUGACAGCGCCACAGGCCAGCAUUCGUCAAGCCUCUGCAUACGCCAUCGGCAUGGCUGCUCAAAACGGCGAGAACCUAUACAUGAAGCUCUGCAUCGAGGCACUCAUGCCUCUCUUCAAGGUCGCAACCUUCCCCGAUGCGCGCGCAGAGGAGAACAUCAAUUCGACCGAAAACUGCGUCCUGGCCAUUGCAAAGAUCUGCCAGAGCUUCGGCUCGUCCAUCCCCAACUUGGACGAGGUGUUGAAGCAAUGGAUCAUUCUUCUCCCUGUGCUCCAAGACGCCGAGGCUGCAUCCACCACAUACGCAUUCUUGGCCACGUUAAUUGACAACAAGCACCCAGUUUUGGGCGGCCACGAGCCAAAAGUUGUGGAUGCCAUCAUCCACGCCAUCAACGAGCAUGCUGUUACGGGAUCGCAGGCAGAACACGCCGCAAGGGCAGCUCGGGAGCUUUUGCAGCUGAUGCCGCAAGACAAGGCCAUGGCGGUGCUUCAGCCAUAUGCCAACCUGGAGGCUGUUUCCCGGUAUUUCUCGUAG